GGAUAAUUGUAAAUAUGUCAUUAACAAAGGUUAUAUGUCGUAUGUAGUCUUUUAUAUGAAGUCAUAAUUUUGAAAUCAUUUCAUUAAAUUCUCUAUGCUUAAUGUAUGCUUAAACAAUGUCAAAAGACAUCUAUCAAUUUUGAUAAUUUCUUUAUACCAUGAUGGGAAUAUUGUAUGAAAAGAGGCCACUAAAACGGCCAAAAUUAGGGCCGCCUGACGUUUAUCCUCAAGAACCUAAACAAAAAGAAGAUGAACUUACAUCUACAAAUGUUAAACUUGGUUUUGCUACAAUGCCUCAAAUGUCAGAGGAAUUUGGUACUGCAAGACAUUGUAAUGUCACUGCUGCCAAAGUAGGAGCAUAUUUUAAUGCAAUUUUGGCAAAAAAAGAAGAACUUUCUACAAUGCCAGAUACAGCAAGAAAACGACAACAGAUUAAUCCAAAGGACAAUUUCUGGCCAGUAACUGCCAGAACGAAAAAUGGCAUUGAGGCAUGGUUCAAGGAUUUGUCUGGAUGUAAACCAUUGAUAGCUCUUGCUAAAAAAGCACCUAAUUUCAACAAGAAAGAAGAAAUAUUCAUGAUGCUUUGCGAAUAUCAAGUACCAAUGCUACGAGCAGCUUGGUUCAUUAAACUUAGCUCUGCUUAUACAGUAGCAGUAUCAGAAGCUAAAAUAAAAAAAAGACAAUUACCUGAUCCAACUACAGAAUGGACAGGAACACUUAUUAAGUUCUUGAAAGAUCAACUUUCAAAACUACAAGAAUAUUAUCACAUAAAUAAUCAUAUAACAAAUAAUAUUAAUACUAAUGGUAUUACAAGCAAUUCUUGUAAUGGGAAUAAUACUGGAAAUAAUAGUAGUAAUAAUAAUAGUAACAAUAAUGUCAGUAAUAAUACUAAUAGUAACAAUGGAGUUGCCAAUAAUCAACCAGCUACACCAAAUUCAAAUAAUCAAGUAAUAACUGGAAAUGCCAUAAAUGAGGAGCAUAAAAUAGCUCUAAAACAAUGGCAUUAUUGUGUACAAUUGGCAAAAUAUAUGUUUGAAGAGGGAUUAUUAGAUAGACAAGAAUUAUUACAAUGGAUUCUAGAAUUAUUGGACAAAAUUAAAUCUUCUCCUUCGGAAAAUGGAAUUUUGAAACUUCUGUUACCAUUAGCAUUACAAUAUUUAGAAGAAUUUGUACAAUCUGAAUUAUUAGCCAGACGUUUAGCAUAUCUGUGUUGUCGUAAAUUGGCACAUAUGUGUAAUAAUGUGGAAACUAAUGCUAAUCCACAAAGUCCAACCAUAAGUAAAAAUGAUGUAAAUAUUGGAAAAGAUACUGCCAUUGCUAAUCAAAUUCAAAAUCCAUUAACUAUUGCUUUUAAUGAUUAUUUGUCUUGUCCACAUCACAGAGAUGUAAUUUAUAGUUUAUCAACAAUAAUACAGGUUAUUACAUUAGAAUGUCCCACUGCAUUAGUGUGGAAUAGUGUUGGUGAAGGAAAAGCACCAUCUGUAUUAAAUGGUUCUCCUUUAGAUUAUCUACAGUGUCCUCCUACAGCUUUGCCAUGUCCACCUGUAAGUGCAACUAAUCCAAUAAUAAAGCAAUUGAAAAUUGCUCAAAAAAAUAUUCGAGCAAGAUCUCAAGCUGCUGAAGGAAAAUGGUCAUGUGACAAAUGGCAACAAAGCAGUGCUGGAAUAACAACUACUAAAGUAUUAGCUGCAUUAGAUGCUCUAGAUCGGCAUAGUUUUGAUAGGAUGGAUUCUAGCAAUUCUUUAGAUACAUUAUAUGCUAAAAUAUUUACAUCACCAUUGAAAGAUAAUGCCAAUGAACGAGAUACAAAAACAGAAUAUAAUCCGCAACAAGAUUCUGCUGUAGUUGAAAUUUUAUGUGAAUGGGCAGUAAGUGCAGAAAGAUGGGGAGAACAUAGAGCAAUGGCAGUUGCAAAAUUAUUGGAAAAACGACAAAGUGAAGUUACUGGAGAAACAAAUGAUAAUGAUGAUAAAGAUAGUAUCUGUAGUAAUGGAAAUCCACCCGUGCUUCCGAUUUUUCAGUCAUUACUUAUGAAAUUUUUGGAUAUGGAUGCCCCGGUACUAGAUAAUACAACAACUCAAUCAAAAGUUCAGUUUACAAAUUUGGUUCACUUAUUUUCAGAAUUAAUUAGACAUGAUGUAUUUUCACAUGAUGCAUAUAUGUGUACACUUAUUUCAAGAGGAGAUCUCAUACAAGGUAGUAUAGAUGAAACAUGUAGUCAACAUGAUUGUAAUCAACGACAUGUAUUACUUUAUGGAGUAGGUCGCGUUAGAGAUGAUGCUAGACAUAUUGUUAAAAGAAUGACUAAAGAAGUAUGCAAAUUAUUUGGAAAAAAAUUUAGUAUUGAUGUUGCGGAAGGUGGAAAAGUAAAAAAACAUUCUCGGAAUGAAUUUAACUUCGAAGCAAUUACAUUAAAAUUUCAAAAUUUGAGUUAUUUUGAUCAACAUGUAGUAACAUGGCAAUGUGCAACACAAGUUAUAGAAAUGUUGAAUACUUUUGCGCUGGCUGGAUCGUCUUAUUUACCGGUUCAAGAACAUGUAGCAUUUUUAUUCGAUUUAAUGGAAUUAGCAUUAAAUAUAUAUGGUUUAAUAGAUGUUUGCAUACAAAUAUUAAAGGAACUUCCAGAAGUUGAAACACAGUUAGGAGUUAGAAAUAGUCAGCUCGUUAGAAGUUAUACUACAAGUUUAAGUUUGUAUGUUGUAGGGGUAUUAAGAAGAUAUCAUUGUUGUUUGUUAUUGUCUCCAGAACAAACGACGGCAGUAUUUGAUUUACUUUGUAAAGUGGUAAAGCAUGUAUCUAAUCCUAGCGAUUGUAGUUCCGCUGAACGAUGUGUAUUGGCACAUCUUUACGAUUUAUAUUCAUCUUGUUCUUUGCUGAAAACGAAACCACAUGGAGUGGAAGCAUUUAGUAAUGCUUAUCCUAAAAUUCGAACAGCUCUUUAUAGUACAUUACAACCGACAACGUCGAGUCAUGUAUAUAAUUCGCAAUUCAUGGUGGACGUUUUUACUAGUCCAAGACGAGGAGGGAAAAUCGAACCACAAUGGGCUAGACAAUUGAAUGAGACACCGGCAAAUCGCUAUAGUUUUGUUUGCAAUGCAAUAGUUGCAGUUUGUAGCGAAACGGAUAACGAUAAAUUAAACGACAUCGCAAUAACAUGCGCAGAAUUAACAGCUUGCUGUAAUGCACUUAAUGCUGAAUGGCUCGGAGUUCUUAUGGCACUUUGUUGCUCUUCAAAUAGUUCUACUUUUUAUAUUGAUGUAUUAAAUCAAGUUGAUGUACAAGAUUUAAGCAUACAUAAUUCUUUGGCUGUAUUCACAUCAAUUUUAAUUGCAAGACAUUGUUUCUCUUUAGAAGAUUUUGUUGUACAUAUAGCAUUGCCAUCAUUAGUUAAAGCUUGUAAUGAGGGUCGUGGAGAUGCAGAUAUGGAAGCUGAAGCUGGAGCACGUUUAACAUGUCAUUUACUUCUACGACUUUUUAAAACAGUUGAAUGUCCUCAACCAGCACUAUAUUCUGUGAGCACAAGCCCUCAUCCUUUACCAAAUGGAAAUUCCAGAGGUUACAGUAUAAAAUUAAGUUGUGACAGACAUUUGCUGGCAGCUGCUCACAAUAAUAUUAGAGUUGGUCCAGUUUUAGCUGUACUUAAAGCUAUCUUAGUUGUUGCUGAUGCAACUGCUGGUAAACAACCACCAAAGAAACCAGAUGUACCAAUGAAUCAUUCAAAUAAAGCAGGAGGACCAGCAAGUGUUGGUGUCGGUGUUGGUGUGACUACAGGUGGACCAAGUGAAUUAUCUAUUAGCCAUAUCUUAGGUACCAGUGAUAUUUUAGGAGGUGGCGAUGAUUUGGGACUUGAUUUAGCAAUAUCUUCAUCUAGUAGUAGUGCUGGAAUGACUACAGAAAAUGUAAAAGGAUUGUCAGACUUUGCACAACAUGUUCUUAGACAAAUUUGCAGUCAAGAAUGGGUACUAGAAAGAUGUUUGCAAAAUCCAGAAGAACUUUGUCAUCCUGAUAUGUUGCUUGAUAAUAUGCUGACACCUCGUCAAGCUCAACGAUUACUUCAUAUGAUUUGUUAUCCUGAAACUUCUACAGAUGCAUUUAUUGAUCAAAAGACUCACAUAACAAAUAUAUUAGAAAAUCUGGAACAAUGGAGUUUAAGAAUGUCAUGGCUUGAUUUGCAACUCAUGUAUAAACAAUUUCCUCCAGGAUCAAACGAACUUUCACAAUGGUUAGAUACUGUUGCUAAAGCUGCAAUUGAUGUGUUUCAAUUGAAUACUAUGACUAGUAAAUCAGACAAACGAUCUGGUUCAAUAUGGUUAGUUGCGCCACUCGUUUCAAAAUUACCAAGUGCGGUACAAGGUCGAGUUUUAAAAGUAGCGGGUCAAGUAUUAGAAUCUGGAAAUUGGUCAAAGACAGCAACAGGUCGUGAGAGAAAUAGAUCAAAAUCACCAUCUCUAUUUAAUCAUCAACCUUUCCUUUCGUUAGUACUCACUUGCCUUAAAGGUCAAGAUGAUCAAAGAGAAGGUCUUCUGAUGUCUCUACAUUCACAAUUAUCGCAGUUCUUAAAUAUUAGUAAAGAAGAGAAAAAUUUCGCUACCGAAGAUCCUAAAACGAGAGAAGUAUUGCAAGAUGCAUUGCAAUUAAGAUUUAGUCUCGUCGGUGGAGUUUUUGAUACUAUACAAAGAAAUACUACCGCUACUACAGACUGGGCUAUUUUAUUGGUUCAGUUGGUUAGCUAUGGUGUUAUAGAUUUAAAUAAUAAUUCCGAAUUAUUUACCACUGUCAUAGAUAUGUUAGCAACCUUAAUACAUUCUACAUUAGUUUCUGACUCACAAUCUGAAAAAGACGAAAAUAAGAAACACUAUCAAAAUUUGAUGAAAAAGUUAAAAAAGGAACUUGGUGAUAGAAAUUCUUCCAGUAUUCGAUAUGUCAGACAAUUGUUACCACUGCCAAAAUUAACAAUGGAAGUUAUUACAUGUGAGCCAGUUGGAUGUUUAACAGACACAAAAGGCAAUAAAAUAGCUGGUUUUGAUAGUAUUGAUAAGAAACAGGGUUUGCAAGUAUGUGAUUCUCAAAGAGUAUCUGCAUGGGAAGUGUUAGAGGGCCAUAAAAAUCCAGCACCUAUUUCUUGGGCUUGGUUUAGAGCAGUUAAAUUAGAACGUAAACCUCUUACAUACCAAAAUGCUCAUAAACUUUUACGAUAUCAUACACAUAGUCAAAUUAGACCUCCUAGUCAUUAUUUGGAUCCACCACCAUUACCUCCAGAAGAUUUAGAACCAGAUAAAAAGGAAUCAGAACCUGGUAAAGCUGAUACACCUAUGAGUAUUGAUUCCCCUGGAAGAGUAGCAGGCAGUGUUGGUGGUAGUGGAAUUGGUAAUACUAUUACCAAUAGCAAAGGAAAAGCUAUGAAGACUCGAAGACAUAGAAGAAAUAAAGGAGCUGCUACACCUACCACACCUGUUUCACAGCAAAUUCAGCAACCACCAAAUCAAUUACAACAAAUGGCAUUUGGAAAUCAACAAGUACCUGUCAGUCAACAACCUGGAAUGUUUACUAAUCAACCACCACAACAUCAACAACCUUGGUAUACUAAUCAACAAACUCAUACACCAGCUCAACAAUAUGGAUAUGGUCAACAAUUACCACCAACUCCAGUUGGACCAAGAUAUGAUAGGCCAGGCAUGAACAAUCAAUCAAAACAAGCACUUUCUCAUAUGUUACGUUUACGGUUACCGUCUAAUCAAUUAAUAAACUCUCAACAACAACCAAAUGCUACACCUGUUGGUGGACCAGGAGCGUUUCAAGGAAUGCAGAGACAACAAUUCAUUAGGCAACAAUUAAGAGCUCAACAUGGAGCUCCUAAUAUUAAUCCACAACAAGGAAUGUUUGCUUCACAACAACAGCAACAGCAGCCACAACAACAAGGAAUGUAUACUGGAAUGCAACAAGCAGGAAUGAAUCAAAAUUAUGCAGGAUAUGGAGGUCAACAAAUGAUACCACAGCAACAACAACAACAACAACAACAGCAGCAAGCACCUCAACAGGCACAACAGCAGCAACAACUAUUGCAACAGCAGCAGCAGCAACAAGGUUUAAUAAAUCAACAACAGAAUAUGAUGUUUACUAAUCAACAACAAAUAAUGGGACCUCAAAGAGGACAAGAAUAUAUACCACAACAACGUAUGCAACCUGGAGCUACAAGACCACCGUACCUUCAGGCUCCAAAUGUCACAAUGAAUACAAUGGGUCCAAUGGGAGGUGGAGUUCAAAAUCAACCAGCACCACCAUAUCGACAAACUAGUGGGAAACCUGGUACUGUUGGAGUAACAGGUGUAGGCACUAGUAAUGUUGGUUUACAACAAAAUCAACAAUUUCAACAGCAACAGGCGAUAAACCAACAACGUAUGAGACAACAAAUGCUUGCAAUGCAACAACAACAACAAGCACAACAACAACAACAAGCACAACAACAGCAACAACAAGGUAAUGCUGCUGGACAACAACCAACUCAGCAAUUGGUAACGCAUUUACAGCGGCACUUGAGUCAACCACCGCAACAUUAUCAACAUCAACCGCCGCCUUAUUAGGAUUUAAUAUGUAAAUAAUUACGAUAAUUGUAUAAUUUACAUAAAGCGUGUAAAUCUAGUUCACAAGAGUUAUAUAACUUAAUUUACAAUGAAUGUAAAGCGUGCCAUGAAAAAGGCAAUAAAAUGGAAAGAAUUUCAGAAAAACAUUAA